AUGGCAUUCCUCCACUAUUUCCACGAAAAGAAAGCAGUGGACAAAGCAAUCGAUCCGAUGCUGCUGCGUGUCUACGAGCCGAUUCUCUGGCGUUCGCUUGCCGUGGCAAACUCAGCGGUGCGCGCCAAUGCAACUCGACUAUUCAUGGACUCCUUCCCGAUCUACGACUCUGAGGCACCGACUCGUGAAGUAGACGAGCUGCUGCAACGCCAGUUUGUCGAACUCCAGAAGCUGCUGUUUGAUCCGGCGAUUGUCGUUCGUCACGCCGCCGUCCAGGGAACACUGUGUGGCGUGCUCGCCAAAUUCUGGGAGAUCAUCCCGGUGGGAACCUCAAAGAUCUUACUCACCAAGAUCAUCUAUGAUAUUGCACGCGAUCGUUCCAGUGGAUUGGGUAUCUCCACCAUUCGCUUCCUUGACAUCGUGCCAUUGGAACACCUUUUAGAGCGUAUGGUUAUGGAUCACGCCAACGCUCCACUCUCGAAGAAGCUGACACAACUCCUGGUGGAAGCUUACUUCCCGGAGAAUGAACAUUCGAGUGUCAUGAUGAACCGGUGUAUCAUGCUGGUGAAGAGCAAGCGUGAUGCAACCAUUGGAUUCUACUCGAAUCUCGUUGGAUUCGUCGAGUUGCGUAACAUUGCCAAGUUCCUGGCGUACACCUUCAAGUAUAUCGUUGCAUUCCUCGAGAAGCAUCCGGAUUCCUCUCUACUGCUGAUGUCUGAAAAUCAACCAAAGACCACCGGUAACGUCACCAAUAAAACAGGCAAGAAAGAAAAAGAAAAAGAAAAAGAGAAAGAAAAGGAAGGAGGAGAUGAUGAAAACGAAGAAGAGUCAAAAGAGGCAGAGGAUAUUCAAAUAACAUUGGAUGAUAUCGAAUGUCUUUUGGAAAUUGUAAAUAACACUAUACACUCUAUCAAACCAUUGUUGGAAGAGUCUGAGAAUCAAUAUAUUUUAAGAGCAUUGUUGUCCAAGUUUACAGAUGAGAGCUUAACAACUUUGUAUUUCUGGUUGUUUGGUGCACAAUCACCUAGAAUCAAUGCAAUGUCAUUAACAAUCGAUAUUGCUUCGUCAAUGGGUGUCAAUAACUAUCCUAUGCUCUGUGAAUUCUUAUUAAAGAAUCUUAAUGAGAUUGAUGAAACAACACCAGAUAAACUUAAAGAAACAUUAUUAUUAUGUCUCUUUGACAAUUCACCGAAUGAAGUGUUGGAACUCAUCUUUAAGAAUAUCAGUGAGCCAAUUAUAUUGUUGGAGCAAAUGUCGUUGAAUCCAGAUUCAAGUAGUAGUAAACCAAAGAAGACCAAGAAGAGAAAGAGUAAUGAUAGUGACGAUGAACAAGAUGAUGAGGAGGAAGAAGAGGAACACGACAAUGAUGACGAAGUUACCAACGAACAAUUGUUGGCGGAAGCAUCCAAUCGUGCCAUAGUCUCGAAUAUAUUCUUGAACAUUCUGUUGAGGCACCAGGUCACUAGAAACAGUACACUCUCACAGCAUAAAGUACUGGCAGAGCUGAUGAUGAGUCUUAGCAAGUACAUGCCCGUCAUUCAACAACGUCUCACUCUUUUGGCCAGUGGCAAUGACAAUGACAAUAACGACAGCAGUGUUUUGAUGUUAAAUGACAAGCUAUUGCUAUCGCUAUUCAUCGUGUACUGUAAGAUAUUGUUCCACGUAGAAGGAUCGCAACCAACUCUUCAAGCGGACAGCGAGUUGUUCCAGGACUUCUUUGAAUGGGGAGGUCAAGUAAUGUUACCGCUUGUCCAGUCAUUCGUUCAGGAUGUAGUGAUCCAACCAAACAACAACAAGAGAAAACAACCUGAUCAUGACAGUGACGAUGAGAAUCAACAAGAUGAAUUCGAUAUCGAAGAGGAGAACGCCAGAUUCAGGAAACUCCCGCAAUUCCCGCUGGACAUUGCGCGAACCUACUUGUUGUUCGUCACAGAGAAUAUGACACUUGGUCUGGCUGGACGUUCCACAAUGCGAGGAUUGUGCGAGCAUGUCGAACUGCUUCUCGACCAAGUUCGCGAGUGUCGUAUGAUGUCUCCACUUCUCCCGAUUGCCGCCAAGUUUAUCUACCAACUCUACUAUGCGACCAGUAACAACGGCAGCAACAACAACAAUUCAUCCACAACAGAGGAAUCAGCUGAUGGUGCUGGUGUUGCUGGUGGUAACAAUGAUAAUGACCAGAUGAUGCAUAUCGACCGAUACAAUCUAUUGUUGGGCAAGUUGCUGGUUGCAUCUAGUCGUACGCUGCCAAUGACCGGCCAGUCGGAGCGUCCCAUACAGCUGUUCAAGCUGACCGACUUGAUGCACCUGCAUCACCAGCGAACCACACUCGGUCCAUUCGUAAAACAGCUGCUCGAGCGUAUCAUGCCAGAGAUUACAAACAUUGGCAACAAGAUUGCACCGAGAACCAUUCAGACUCUGGAAGUACUGACACCACUCACCAACUUUAUACUGUCACAACUUGCACGUAGCAGCAUAAACAUCUCGACACUAGCCGACCAGCUUUCAUCGUAUCUCAAAUCGGAAUCAAUGUCCAAACAAUCCAUUUACAAUUCACUCAAUAUCAUUUCAAUCAUUAUUAAAACAUGUAUUAUUUAUUCAAAAACAACAGAUUUUUCACCAUUACAAAACCUUUUGAUUAGUUUCAUUUCUAAACUUCCUCAUCUUUCAAACUCUGAUGACGAUGACGACGAUGACGAUGACUCUAAUAAUGACAUUGACAACGGACCAAAGAUACUUUACUCAACUAUUUUAGAGUUAUCAAAGAAUCUAUUAAAUGAAAGUAUGAAAAAGAAUAGUAGUAGUUCUGCACAACAACAACAAACUAAAAGUCUAAAUGAGAAUGCCUAUUUAGGAAAUAAAUUUAGUUUUACCACGAUGUUUCAACACUUUCAUUGCUACAUUUUCCUUCAGAAAUUUUAUCAAGUAACAGGUAUGAAUGAAUUCUUUAGAACAUUCUUUUAA